GUAGACGGAUCCAGUCAUGGGAACCCACCAGAGAGAUGUCCCCGUCCUCUGUAUUCCCGUAAUUCCACACAGGAAGGCCAUACCAUCCCUCACCAUCAUCAGAGUGGAAUCCUCGGGGAUGAUAAUAUUGGUAUUAAAGAAGAGUAUAAAGAGGAGGAUGAGGAGUAUGGAGUGAUGGAGGAGUUUUCAGAAGGACACAAGGAUAUGAUGGAGCCACCUAAUACCAGGAACCCACCAGAGAGAUGUCCCUAUCCUCUGUAUUCCCGGGAUUCCACACAGGAAGGUCACACCAUCCCUCACCAUCAUCAGGGUGAAGAUCUGACAGAUCUAAAAGUUGAGGUAAAAUCAGAAGAAGAAGAGGCGUAUGUGAGGGAUGAUCAGCAGUCUAUGGAGGAGGAUGGAAUAACGGGGACAUUUAUAGAGGAGGACACUCCUACAGAGAUCAGCACAGUCCAUGGCCGGGAGGUGAGGAAAACCUCUGAGGAUUGUCUCACUUUGUCUCUAGACUGGAAAGUAGAAGAUGAGGACAUCACACAGUAUAGUCCAGGAGAAAACCCGGCUCCCUCCAAUGUCCAUCCGGCACCACCCAGUGUAGAUGGACCAUCGGAUUCCUCGUAUCCUGAGGAACCUCAGACUGUGCGGGACGGGCCGCCCUUCCAACAGAGAAGAGGUUCUCCUGUACUGAGUGCGGGAAAUGUUUCCGUUGUAAAUUCAAACUUAAGGUGCAUAAAAGAUCCCACACAGGAGAGAAGCCACAUUCCUGUCCUGAGUGCGGGAAAUGUUUUUCAGAUAAUUCCAGUCUUUACAGACAUAAGAGACUGCACACGGGGGAGAAGCCGUAUUCCUGCCCUGAGUGCGGGAAAUGUUUUGCACACAAAUCCAGUCUUUGUACACAUCAAGAUCUCACACGGGGGAGAAGCCGUACUCCUGUCCUGAGUGCGGGAAAUGUUUUUCAGCUAAGUCCCAUAUUUACAGACAUCAGAGAGUGCACACAGGUGAAAAUCUGCAUUCCUGUUUUGUGUGUGGAAAAUGGUUUGUACAAAAAUCAGAUCUUGUCAUACACCAGAGAUUGCACACGGGGGAGAAGCCGUAUUUCUGUUCUGAGUGCGGGAAAUUUUUUUCAGUGAAGUACAAUCUUAUCGCACAUCAGAGGUCUCACACAGGAGAAAAGCCGUAUGCCUGUGCUGAGUGUGGGAGAUGUUUUUCAGUAAAGACCUACCUUUCCAAACAUCAGAGAUGUCAUACGGGGGAGAAGCCGUUUCCCUGUCCUGAGUGCGGGAAAUGUUUUUCACAAAAGUCUUAUCUUUACACACAUCAGAGAUGUCACACGGAGGAGAAGCCGUAUACAUGUCCUGAGUG